AUGCUCAUCACUAAUACUGAAGACCACCUCGACCUGGCCAACAGGGCAUUGUUUUUCCAUGACAAUGUUGUUGUGUUGGAGGUCGACAAUAUGCUGUCUGGAUGGCCGACUUACACCCUCGAUUUUAUGCCAGAACGCCCAGGCCCAUUGAAAAUUAUACUACGGUUGAAGAAUGCUGUAGAGUUCAGGGUGAUCGAAGAUAAAGAUAGCGAUGACGAAGCCGGUGGACGAGCCAAGAGUGACUUACAGUCUGUUACUGAGGAGGAUCCAGACACUACAAUGGUCUGUGAGCCAACACUGGCGCCCAAGGACUCAGACAUGCCACAGUGCAUCAAUGCAAAGCCUGUUGUACUUCACGUCAUCCCCAAGGACUCUCCCAGUAUCAUCCGCAUGCAGGAGAAAUUCGAGGAUGAUCACGGGUAUACAUGGCCUCCCCGCCAUGGAUUCAGAGAGUGUUCUAACCGCACACAGAUCUCUCAGGUCGAUGCUUUCAUGACCUUACCUGCGGCUGUAGAAGCCCUCAAUCUUAACUAG